CCAAUGGAAUGUCCGAUCACCCCUACGCUUCUGAGAUAGAACAAUAUAAAGCAGAAAUCAAGAGACUUCAAGCUUCUGAGGCAGAAAUUAAAGCACUAUCGGUUAAUUAUGCAGCUAUAUUAAAAGAAAAAGAGGAUUUCUCCCUCUCCAUGGCAUCUUCCUCGUCUACAAACACCAAUGUUGGUGGCUCAUCAUCCGAUCCCUCAAUAUACACCAAUUAUGUGAAUGUACACUUGUCCAUUGACAAAUUAGAUGGCACAAAUUAUGCAACAUGGGCGUCCGGCAUCAAACUUUGGUUGAAGAGUCAGGGGUACGUAGAUCACCUUACUAAAAAUGUGACUAUUGCUACCACAGAUGACACUUCCCGCUGGAUGAAAAUUGAUGCCCAAUUAUGCAUUGUCAUAAAGUCCACCAUUCAUUCCUCACUGAAAAAAUGUUUCGAUCAUAUGAAACAUGUUCAAAAGUAUGGGCACAAGCGAAGUUGUUUUACACAAAUGACACUCAACGUCUUUAUGGUGUUUGUCAGGACCUAUUCACUGUUAUUGGUCCGCGCAGUCCUGGUACCAUGGUAGAAUAUUUGGAUAAAGUUCAUGCUCUCCUUCAUGAUUUUAAUGAGCUAUUACCUCCUGCUUCCACUCCUGCUGAAGAACUGGAACAACGAUCAAAGUUCUUCAUGUUGUUGGCAUUAUAUGGACUCUCUGAUGAUUUCUCUCAUGUCCGUGAUCAGAUUUUGGGUUCUCCUGUCAUACCCAACUUUACUUCUACUUGUUCUACUCUUUUGCGCAUACCGAGCAAACCAGUCACUGAGACAUCUCCUCAUAGUGAUGAUUCCUCAGUUAUGGUUGUCCAACAUGAUGAUCGAAGUCGGUCUUGCAAGCCAAGUAAAGGACAUCCAAAAUGUGACCAUUGUGGCAAGCUAGGCCACAAAAUUGAUAGAUGUUAUGCGCUUCAUGGACGUCCUCCUCGACCUAUAGCAAUGGCUAAUUCUGAUCCACCUCCCCGAUCAUCGUCUGCAGACCAUCCUACUUCAUCUAAUACUGUAGAAAACCCUGCAAUCUUUCACGAAUUUCUCAAAUGGCAUGAGGAUCGUCAGCACUCUAGUUCCACUACAUUUGCAUCUGUUGCACGUACAGGACUGGAGUUCGGAACACGUGAUUGACACAGGAUGUGAGUCUCAUGGCCUAUAUCAUCUCCGCCCUUCUCCACAUGUUGGUGUAAUCAUGGAGGCGCCAUCCCUUCUUCAUGCUCAGUUAGGUCAUCCUAGUCUUGCCAAACUGCAGCAACUUGUUCCGAGUUUGUCGAAAUUAUCAAGUUUGUCGUGAUCAUAUUGUUAGAUUGAAUAAAGAAAAUGGCUCAUUAAAACAGAAUUUGGAUACAAGUCCCGUAUCUGCAAAUGGUGGUUACACAGUCAAGGGAAAUAGUGACCUGUCAUCCAAUCGACAGCAUUGGUUCACAACUCAAAUGAAAAAUCUUUAUGCUACAAACAAUGGAACCACAUCUUCUUUGGAAUCCGAUGGUAUUCAAACCAAGACGGUAUCUAAGCACUCAAACUCACGAGUAAAGGACAAGGAGCUAGCAGAUAUGGUAGAGGGAAAAAGUAGCCCAGCAGCAGCAGUACAACAUUCCGCUGAUAUACAUAAAAUGAAGUUGGAACUAGAGCAAGAACAGAAUAAAAUGGCACAUAUGCAGCUUAAAUUACAGGAGGAAGAGAAAUUGAACAAGUCAUUCCAAGAGGAGCUUAAAUUAUUGAAGUUGGAAAGAGACAAAACAACAUAUGAGAUGAGCAAAUUACACAAUGAAUUGAAUGGGAAAAUAUCAGAAAUUAAUCGCCUGCAAAUGGAGUUGAGUAGACAGGAAGAUGAAGAAACAAGUGACGUGGAUAGCUUCAAGAGACUUAUUGAAUCUCUGGAGAAGGAAAACACUACUCUUAAGUUGGAAAAGGAUGAACUUGAGGCUGAGGUCAAAUCAAUUAGGACUUCUGGUAAAAUAUCACCUGAUGCUUCUCAGAUCCAGAAAAGGAUUCCAAGCUUUAACAAUCAUGUGAGCCAAAACUUACCAGAUCCUUCCAAAAGUUUUCCAAGGAAUGAAGAGUUGGAAAGAUCCUUACAUAAGCUAAGUGAAGAACUGGAGGAAACACAAAAGGGAAAUGAAGAGUUGGAAAGAUCCUUACUUAAGCUAAGUAAAGAAUUGGAGGAAACACAGAAGGAAAGGGACAAAGCAGUACAACAAUUGACCCGUCUUAAACAGCAUUUGUUAGAAAAGGAAUCUGAAGAUUCCGAAAAAAUGGACGAGGACAGCAAAAUAAUUGAAGAACUUCGUGACAGCAAUAAUUAUUUGAGGGCUCAAAUAUCCCAUCUUGAGAGAACUCUAAAACAGGGAACUGCGAGUCAGGAGAAACUGAAGAUGGAAAAUGACAAUGAAAUUCUCAAAUCCAGGGAAAUCAUUGAUGAGCUGAACAAGAAGCUGACUGACUGUAUGAGCACAAUAGAUGCUAAGAAUACAGAACUUCUAAAUCUACAGACAGCUCUUGGACAAUAUUAUGCCGAAAUUGAAGCUAAGGAACAUUUAGAAGGAGAUCUGGCUCGUGCAAAGGAAGAAAACUCUAAGCUUUCUCUACUGUUGAAAGAUGCACAAUGCAGAGCAGAUGUCUUCAUCAGUGAAAAAGAAGAAAUUUUAGCUAAGCUUUCUAAAUCUGAAAAGCUACAAUCAGAAUGGAGAAGUAGAGUAAGCAAGCUCGAAGAAGACAAUUCCAGGUUGAGGCGAGCGGUUGAACAGAGUAUGACCAGGCUAAAUAGAAUGUCAGUGGAUUCAGAUUUUCUUGUUGACAGGCGCAUUGUGAUAAAAUUACUUGUUACUUAUUUCCAGAGAAACCACAGUAAAGAGGUUUUGGAUCUAAUGGUUCGCAUGCUGGGAUUCUCUAAUGAGGACAAACAAAGAAUAGGUGUUGCUCAACAAGGUCCAGGAAAAGGCGUUGUCCGCGGUGUUCUUGGGUUGCCUGGCCGCCUAGUUGGAGGUAUCUUGGGAGGUGGUGGUUCCACUGAAUCAGCUGCAAAUGCGGGAGCAGAUAACCAGUCCUUUGCAGAUCUGUGGGUUGAUUUUCUUCUCAAGGAAACAGAAGAAAGAGAGAAGAGGGAGUCAGCAGGAACUAGAGAUAAAUCCAUGGAUGAUUCGCAUGAUAGAAGUUAUACUAAUUCAUCUCCACCACAUUCCAAUCAAAGGUUUAGGACUGGAACAGUACCAAUUAGCUCAUCCACAAAUCAAAACAUCAGUUCUCUCCCUCGUGGAUACUUUCAGCACUCCGAACAACUUGGUUCCGAGUUCUCAACAGUUCCCCUUACAUCUUCUUCAUCAGAUAGUUCAAAACUUCUUCCCAGAUACUAAGUAUACAUUCUUUAUGUAAUUAAUCAAAAGGUAUAGAUCAAUGAUAAAUUGUAGACAUGUAAAAUCUUGUUCAAUUAAUUCCUUCAUUUCA